CCACACCCCUCGAAGGAUUUAAAGGGGAAGGAGGGGCCGGACGGGCCGGAGCCCGAGCCGAGGGAGCGGGCAUGAGGCGCUGCCCGUGCCGGGGGAGCCUGAGCGAGGCGGAGGCCGGCGCGCUGCCCGCCGAGGCCCGCAUGGGGCUGGAGGCGCUGCGGGGCGGGCGGCGGCGACAGCCGGGACUGCAGCGACCUGGGCCGGGAGCAGGUGGCCCGGCGGGACGGCCGGAGGGGGGCGGUCCCCGGGCCGGGCUUGAGGGGUCCAGCCUGCACUCCGAGGCGGAGAGGACCGGCCUCGGGCCUGCGCCGCGUCCAGGCGGUCCCCAGGCAGAAUCCUGUGGAGACGGACACGCGGAGUGCGGAGUAGCAGGCCUGGGAGCAGAAUCGGAGAAACCCAGCCAAAACAGGGAGCUGGACGGGUCCAACCUCCCGACACAUACAGAGAUGAACGGUCCCUGGGCAGAGAUGGAGGCGGCCGGUUCCUGGAAGGGUGGCUUUCGGACUGAUCCUCACAGAUCCGACCUCCAGUGUCGGCCAAAGAGAGCCAGCCUGUGUACCCAACCAGCGUUUGAUGAGUCCUGGACCGACCUGGAAAGAGUCGAGCUGUGGCCGACUCAGCCAGAGAGGGACAAGCCCUGGGUUGAUCAUCUCCGGACCUGCCACAGCACGUCCAAACUGCAGAGCCACCCAGACCGAGUCUGCCCCUCACCAGAACCAGGUACUGAUGCCCCCUGCAAAGCGUGGAUCCCGGCUGGCUCCAGGACACCACGUGACACCGACGGCUUCUGGACCGGGUCGCCACCUGAUGGCUCCCCCACGGGACAGAGUACCCAGACGGCCUGGAAACAGCCUGGAAGCGAUGGCUUUUCCACACAAGACGCUGACGGUGCCUGGAUUCGACCUGGCACUGAUAGUCCCUGGGCUGACAGCGUGUUGGGGGAGUCCAAUGGAGAUGACCCAUUGGAGGCACCAGAGUCCGGGGAGUUGGUGACUAACCUGCGCUCCCCCCUGGACUGCGGCUCCCUGUGUCCUGUGCCCCGUCUUAUCAUCACCCCUGAGACUCCCGAGCCUGAGGCCCAGCCGGUGGGACCCCCAUCCCGGAUUGAGGGGGGCACUGGCGGCUUCUCUUCCGCCUCCUCUUUUGAUGAGUCUGAGGAUGACUUGGUGGCCGGGGGUGGAGGUACCAGCGACCCUGAAGACAGAUCCGGAAGCAAGCCCUGGAAGAAGCUGAAGUCAGUUCUGAAGUACUCGCCCUUCGUGGUCUCCUUCCGCAAGCACUACUACCCCUGGGUCCAGCUCUCCGGACAUGCUGGGAACUUCCAGGCUGGGGAGGAUGGUCGGAUUCUGAAGCGUUUCUGUCAGUGUGAGCAGCGCAGCCUGGAGCUGCUGAUGGAGGAUCCCCUGCAGCCUUUCGUGCCUGCUUACUAUGGCAUGGUGCAGCGUGACGGCCAGGCCUUCAACCAAAUGGAAGAUCUCCUGGCCGACUUUGAGGGCCCCUCUAUCAUGGACUGCAAGAUGGGCAGCAGGACCUACCUGGAGGAGGAGCUGGUGAAGGCACGAGAACGACCCAAGCCCCGGAAAGAUAUGUACGAGAAGAUGGUGGCCGUGGACCCUGGGGCCCCCACCACAGAGGAGCAUGCUCAGGGUGCCGUUACCAAGCCUCGGUACAUGCAGUGGAGGGAGACCCUGAGCUCCACUUCCACCCUGGGCUUUCGGAUUGAAGGCAUCAAGAAGGCUGAUGGGACAUGCAGCACCAACUUCAAGAAGACACAGGCACUGGAGCAGGUGACAAAGGUGUUGGAAGACUUUGUGGAUGGGGACCUUGGAAUCCUGAGAAAAUAUGUGGCGCGACUGGAGGACCUUCGAGAGGCUCUGGAGAACUCUCCCUUCUUCAAGACCCAUGAGGUCGUGGGCAGUUCCCUUCUCUUUGUGCAUGACCACACCGGCCUGGCCAACGUCUGGAUGAUUGACUUCGGCAAGACAGUGGCCCUGCCUGACCACCAAACGCUCAGUCACAGGCUGCCUUGGGCUGAGGGCAACCGUGAGGACGGCUACCUCUGGGGUCUGGACAAUCUGAUCCACCUCCUUCAGGGGCUGGCACAGAGCUGACUCCAUCUGCCACCGCCAAGCUCACUUGCAGGAUAACACACGUCCGGCUGGAGGAGCCCUAAGAUGUCGGGCCCAAGGCUGCUGCUGAUGGAAGAUGAGGUGCUUCCAGGCCAGUGUGGUGUAAGGAGCUUUGGGGGUCCCUGGCAGCACUGGGCUCCUUUAUGAAUUGGGGAACAAGACAGUGGAGGCAUAGAGUUAGUAGAACAUGAAUGGGGCAUUCUGAUCAGCUAGGAGAGCUGCUGAGGGAGUACCAGAGACCACAGAUGGAAGAAUGACGAACCCCUCCUUGAGCAGGCUCUCUGAGCCCAGAGCCAACAGGUUGGCUUCUGCUCCCCAGAGGUCCAGGUGUCGUUUCUGAAGACCCGUAGGAACUACCUGUCCAUCUGGGCCAGGACAGCCCCAUCUGAAGGCCAUCCAAGUGCUGAGAGGAGGGUGUUCCAUGGGCUCUUGCUAAUGCUACCUGAGGCCUCAUGCCCCUUUGUGGAGCCAUGGUGUACCCUCCUUCCCGUCAUGGCUGGGAACUGUUCUCUGUUCCUCUGUGAACUCUUGGAGCUGCUGCAGACCCAGAGACUGCAGCCACAUCCACCUGUGCCAGCCCUGUGACCAUCUUCCUUCCGUGGUGCCUCAGCUCCAGCCUCAGGACUUCCUCCUCCUGCCGCUGACCCCAUGGCUCUCUCAGCGGAGUCCAGGACAGGAAGGGGUUUCUCCUUGGGAACCAGAGCUGCCUUGCUUCACUGUCUAAGUGCCCUGACCCACAUACAGAAUGAAGAUCCAGGUUGCCCAGAAGCACAAGUGGCGGGGCUGCUGACCCUAACUGUGGAUACCUGGUUCUAACCAAAGACUCUAGAACUCUGGGGUGGGGCAGAGGCUGCUCUGUCCCUGUGCUCCAGACCUCGGCUUCCUGGCCCAUACAGAUGGGCUUGGCACGGACGGGACCUACCUCUUCUCUAAGCUGAAGCCCUAAGGUCUUCUGGGGCUGACACAUCUUCCUUUUCUACUGACUAACUUUAUAUAUAUUUAUAUAUGAGGUAGUUAACUGGGGUGGUGUCAGGGAAUCGAGGCAAAAUGGCUUUACUAUCUCUCCCGCCCACAGUAGCACCCCAAUAAACAGGACAAAGUUAA